AUGUGGACAACCACUUCAGGUUUCAGUGGCAAGAAGCUACACCUAGCUAUCACCAUUACCUCUGUCAUCGGCUUCUCUCUCUUCGGUUAUGAUCAGGGCUUGAUGUCCGGUAUUAUUUCCGGUGAUCAAUUUACUAAAGAGUUCAGUGCUCUCGAUACGAACGUUCCUACCCCGGCCGGCUACACUGCCACUUCCUACUCUGCUCAUGUCUCCGUCCUCCGUGGUGCUGUCACUGCUUGUUAUGAGCUUGGCUGCUUCUUUGGCGCUGUAUUCACUCUAUGCUACGGUGAGCGUAUCGGCCGUACACCUUUGCUCGUUGCCGGUGGUAUUCUCAUGGUCAUCGGUACUGUGAUCUCGACUGCAGCCUAUGGUCAUCAAUGGGGUCUGGGUCAGUUCGUCGUUGGCCGUGUUAUCUCCGGUAUUGGAAACGGUAUGGAUACAGCCACUAUCCCCGUGUGGCAGUCUGAGUGCUCCAAGUCUCACAACCGAGGCUUCCUCGUCUGCUUCGAAGGUGCCAUCAUUGCUGUUGGUACCUUUAUCGCCUACUGGAUUGAUUUCGGCCUCUCUUAUGUCGAUUCUUCUGUCCAGUGGCGUUUCCCUGUCGCCUUCCAGAUUGUCUUCGCCAUCUGUGUCACCAUCGGUGGUCUAAUGCUUCCCGAAUCCCCUCGUUGGUUCUUGAUGAGAGGUCACGAUCAGGAAGCUUUGAAGGUCCUGGCCGCUCUUAAUGGCAGCAACGUCGAUGCUGAGGAUGUGUUGAACGACUACAACCUCAUGAAGGCAGAUCUCAAUGCUACCCAAGGUGCCAAGGCUAACUGGAAGACUCUCUUCACCUUCGGUAAGACCCAGGAGUUCCAGCGCAUGAUGAUUGGCUGCUCUGGUCAGUUCUUCCAGCAGUUCACUGGUUGCAAUGCUGCAAUCUACUACUCCACUCUGCUUUUCCAGCAGAACUUGAACAUGACUGGCAAGCUGCCUUUGGUUCUGGGUGGUGUCUUCGCCACUGUUUACGCUUUGGCCACCAUCCCCUCCUUCUUCAUGAUUGAGCGAGUUGGUCGUCGCAAGCUGUUCCUGAUUGGUUUCACCGGCCAGGGUCUCAGUUUCAUCAUUACUAUGGCAUGCCUAAUUGAUCCCACUACUUCCAACUCCAAGGGUGCCGUCGUCGGUAUCUUCCUCUUCAUUUGCUUCUUCGCAUUCACCACUCUUCCUCUGCCCUGGAUCUACCCUCCUGAGGUUAACCCCCUGCGCACUCGUACCAUGGCUGCCUCUGCUUCGACUUGCACCAACUGGAUUACCAACUUUGCUGUCGUGAUGUUCACUCCCGUCUUCUCUGACCAGAGUAAGUGGGGUAUCUACCUCUUCUUUGCCGCCAUUAACUUCAUCGGUAUUCCCUUCGCCUGGUUCUUCUACUUGGAAACCGCCGGACGAGAACUUGAAGAGGUGGACAUCAUAUUUGCCAAGGCCCACCUUGAAAAGAAGUGGCCAUACCAGGUUGCCAACGAGCUGCCAAAGCUCACCUUCAACCAGAUCUACGAGUACCAGCGCGAAUUGGGAUUGGACACUCCCGACUACCAAGUCAGCUCUGAGAAUGAGAAGGCUGAGAUGGGACAGAGCCACCAGGCUGAGAACAAGCUGGAAGAUAUCUCUGAUUAA